GAAACCGCGACCCUAGGAAAGAGCCCCCCUGUCACCCGCCGAAGCCCGCGAAUCGGUCUCGGCAAAGGGACUCUCCUUUAAUACACGGUAGAGAUUCUCCUAGCUCUGUGUCCGUCGGUGCAGGUGCCGAGCAAGUACUGAAGCUCGGGCUAAGGGUGGUCAGGUGACUGCAUUGACAUGGCAGCCCUCAGCCAUGGAAGCGUGAGGUUAUCCAAAGGGCAGAAGAAACUACUGAGGAAACAAGUGAGAGCGCAACAUCUUCUCUUGAAGCACGAUGGCAUUGCAACCGUGAUGGGUCCGACUGAACACUUAGUCAUAGCCAAUGGUGGUUUGGGCAAUGGUGUCGGUCGUCAGCAACUACUUGAAGUAUUACAGGUGUUUGGGACAGUUGAAACCCUACUGAUGUCUCCUAAUAAACCACAUGCACUGGCAACAUAUAGUACAAUUCAAGAAGCCAAGAAGGCACAUGAUCAUCUUAAUGGACAAGUCUUAAAGACUGAUGGAAGUACCCAACCUAUUACUCUGUAUGUCAAUUUUGUAGAGAAAGUUGUUAGUGAAGGAAGUUCUCCUUUGAGCCUGCCACCGGGCCUUCUGGUGAUUGAAGAGGUUAUUUCUCCUGAUUAUGAGAAAAGACUUCUGGCAUUUGCAGAUGGAAGUACGGACUCAAAAGAAAAUGUCCAGAAGUCUUUGAAACAUCGAAAAGUAAAGCACUUUGGAUACGAGUUCUGCUACGACAACAACAACAUAGACAAAGAUAAGCCUCUACUAGGAGGACUUCCUGAAAUUUGCGAUGACAUUUUGGAGCAAUCAAUGAAAAAAGGCUAUGUGAAUUUCAAACCUGAUCAGCUGACAAUAAAUCAGUAUGAACCUGGACAAGGAAUUCCACCUCAUAUUGAUUCUCAUUCACCAUUUGAGGAUGGGAUUAUCUGCCUGAGCCUUGGAGCAGAGACUGUGAUGGAGUUUCGGCACCCAGCAGGCCAUAGCGUUCCAGUGAUGUUACCUCGUCGCAGUUUGCUGGUCAUGACCGGAGAAUCCAGAUAUCUUUGGAGUCAUGGAAUUACACCUCGGAAGUUUGAUGUGGUGCCAGCAUCAGAUAUGCAAAAGACUGGAACUAUCAGUGGUGAUGUUAGCAACUUGACCUUGAAUAAAAGGGGAACAAGGACCAGUUUUACUUUCCGAAAAGUCAGGAAGAAACCAUGUGAUUGUGCUUACCAAGAAGUUUGUGACAGUCAAAAUAGUUGCAAAUACACAGAUCCCCCUCCGUCUAUUCCAAUCACUGAUGGGGAUGCCUCAAAGCUGGAACACAAGUAUGUGCAUGAUGUCUAUGAUGAGAUUGCUGGCCACUUCAGCAAUACUAGGCACACCCCUUGGCCAAAGGUGGUUGAGUUUCUCAAAACACUCCCAGAUGGAGCAUUGGUGGCUGAUGUUGGUUGUGGAAAUGGCAAAUACUUGAGUGUUAACAAGGACUUGUUUAUGAUUGGUUGUGAUCGCAGCAAAAAUCUUGUUGAUAUUUGCAGAGAGAGAAAAUUUGAGGUCUUCAUCUGUGAUGGCUUGCUUGUGCCCCUACGUGGUGGCAUUUGUGAUGCUUGUAUUUCUAUAGCUGUUAUUCACCACUUUUCAACAGAGGAAAGGAGGCUGUCAGCUGUUAAAGAGAUUGUGAGACUACUACGGCUAGGAGGCAGAGGACUUAUCUAUGUUUGGGCAAUGGAACAGGAACACAACAAAGUAAAAUCUAAAUAUCUCACAGAAAGGAAAGGAAAAUUAGUCCGAUCCAAAACAAAUUGUCCGGACGUGCAAGCAGAAACUGAAUACUCUUGCACCAAUCAAGAUGCGAAUAGGAUGAAUUUAACUUGUUUUGAGCAGGUACCAGAUGUUAUAAAGGAUCCAACAGAUAAACAAAAUGGUGCAAAGCUGCCUAUUCAUACAAAUAGAACUUCCUUUGAUUCACAAGAUCUGCUUGUUCCUUGGCAUUUAAAAGGAGUUGGAGGCCAACACAAAGCUAAUGGUGCCACAACACCACCUCCUGAAGUCAAAGAACAUGUGGUUUAUCAUCGUUUUUAUCAUGUUUUUUCGGCUGGGGAACUGGAAAACCUCUGCAGAUGUAUAUCAAAUAUUAGGAUUCUUCAGAGUUAUUAUGAUCAAGGAAACUGGUGUGUCGUAAUUGAGAAAUGCUAAAAUGAUGCAACUUCAUAUUUAAUUAACUUGAUGCACAUGACAAUAUAGUAUAAUUAGAAUCUUAAUAGCAAUGGACUUUUUAAAAGGAAAAACACUUAAUAAAGAGGUAAUAAUGAUUAAGUCAUGUGGUAAUAAUCACCGAGAGCUAUGUAUUAAUGAAUGCACCGAUAAUGUGUUGUGUGAAACAACUUGAAUUUUGGGUCACCAUGGCCAUGUCAGGUUUAUAUAAGAAACCUCCCAGUAAGGGGGUGGGAGAAGAUGCUCUUAAAAGGGCAUUAUUCAUGUGUGAAUAAUUGUUUUUGCUUUGAGUGUGAAGAGACAGUGACAGUUGUGCAUCUUCAAGUCAUUCGCAAGUGAGGAAAGUAGAACCACUAAACUUUAAUUUUAAAAAUGUAGGAGUACAUUGAUGUGUCGAAUGUUCCCCAUAGUCUUCAUGCAUUCCUAGAAAGCUUGAGUAUUUACAAUGCUGUUUGUUUGGUUUUCUUUCUAUUUAUUAUAUAGCUGUUCCAACUGAAAUUGUUCCCAGUUUUGAAACAAACAUGAAUUGGAAAUGCAUCUUAAAGAGAAUAUAAAACUUUGUGUGAUAUGUAAAAAUAAAAUUAUCACUGAUACAAAAACACACCCAAUAAAUGAAGAAUAACAUUUUAUAACUGGUGUAUGUAAUACCUUUUUAAAAAAUUAAUGAGGAGUAAUGCUAGUGAGAUGAACUGGAUUGUGGCUUAUGUGUUUGACUUCCCCCAGUUAUCUUAAUUAGAAUGAAAAUGUUUUAAUGAAAUAGAUGUGUAAGAAAUCUCAGAUUUUUAAAAACAUCCUUGGCAAUCAAUAAAAAUGUG